GCUGUUUCCCGGGUAACACGGGCUGUGACGAGUUUCCGGUUCCGGUAAUGGAGGCGGCGGGAGCGGACCCCGCGCUGCAGCGAUUCAUCGCGGCCGAGAGUCAGAGACAGCGAUUCCAACAGCUCGUGCACGGCCUGAGCGAGAUGUGCUGGGAUAAAUGUAUGGACAAACCGGGGCCCAAGCUGGACAGCAGGACAGAGGCGUGCUUUGUGAAUUGUGUUGAGCGAUUCAUCGAUACCAGUCAAUUUAUUCUGAAUCGUCUGGAACAGACCCAGAAAAACAAAGCUCCAUUCUCCGAGAGUCUGAGUGAUUGAGAAACCCCCCACUACCCCCUGGGCAGAGAAUUCGGAAGCUGCUGAACAGGCACGUGAACGAAGAGAAGAUUUUACAUUUAAAUGAUUAAUGUUUUUAAAGUGUGGCACCCUGAACCUAAUACCUGAAGAAACGAUCAAGCCAUAAGUUUCAGUUAAAGUGUUUUUGUGUCUCAAUGUCAUGUGUCAGCGUGUGAGUGAGGAGACUGUGUCACUGAACUUGGAGCAGAACUUUGUCCAAAUCCAGGGCUGAGCUCUGGCCGCUCACUGGGGGGGAGGAGGUGAGGAUCACUGGGGGGGGGGUUCGUAGGGUCACUUGGGGAAGGGGUCAGGUUCACGGUGCAGCUCAUAAUGCACUGACUGAGCAGGAUCUCUAAUGAUGAAAGGAAAACAUUCUGCCAAUUAACUGCGGAUACACCUUACACUGGACACAGGCAACUGUUGCUGAUCAGCCAAAUAUAUCAUUAAAUAAAGAGAAUGAUCAUCA